CAGUCGUAUAGCGCGCGCGCGCGCUGUGCAGUUGUAUAACAACACUGCAGUAGCCAGUUACGGUCCGUGCAUACGCGUAUCAUCGUUUUCCCACGGCGCGACGCUAACAAUAAGCGAUCGUGUUCCGGUCCGCCCACACAGCCCUUAACAGCCGCGACUUUCGGUACCGGCCGACCAACCGACCGACUGACGGACGGACACGGACAGACCGACCGACUAACCAGCAGCGCGGCACGCACGUCCGAUCCCGCGUUCCCGGCACGGCCCUGCGGCGGACACGCGACACUACGCGUUACGGAUACGGUACGUUGAUAGUAGCGCGAGCGCGAGACGCGUUUAAGCGCGCACCCGUGUCGGCGUCUUAACACGGUCGUGCAAUCGCUGCAACCGACUGCACGCGCACCGUAACGCCGCGCAACGACCGGCACCCACGGGCGGCAGCGGUAAAAUUCGAGAAAAAUUGUUUGUUGUUAUCGUCCGACGUUACCGCAGCCGUCGCCGCGGCAGUCGUGUCGCAGUCGCGGUUGUGCGCGCGCGCUCGCGCCGCCGUCGGCGCACCGGCUGGCGGUGCCGGAUAGGUUGUGCCCCGCGGGAUUGCUCGGUGACGUCGGGAUGAUGGCGCAGCCGUGGCAACGGACGAUUUUUACAGCUUCGUGGUGAUAGAAAAACGAUCACAAGACACCGGAAGCCGACGGCCACGCCGGCGUAUGGAUUUGCAGCAUCACCUGCGGCACCAAUCGUUGUCGACAUCAUCGGAACAGCUUCUAGGAUUACAACAUCGACACAACCAAAUGUUAUUGGAACCACAGCAUGGUGGGGGUGGCAGUAGUGGUGGCGGGGACGAAGGUAAUGGGGAGCGGCAGCAACAAAUGCUCCUGUUACAUCAGCACCACCUAAAUCAGCAACAAAACCAACAUCAGCAGGAGCACCAGCAACAAUUGCUACAACAGCAACAACAUCAACAGCACGACAGCCACCUCAACCAACAGCAUCGGAUGCACCACCAGCAGCAGCACGACCAAGUGCAAUCUCAUCAACACCAACAGCAGCAACACCACGAGCACCAGAUGCAUGAGCUGCACCACCAUAGUUUACAGCAGCACCAGCAGAACUUGCAACAGCACCAACAGAGCUUGCAGCAGCAACAGCAGCAGUACGGUGAGGUAAACCAACUGGGCGGCGUGUUCGUCAACGGCCGACCGCUGCCCAACGCGGUGCGCGUGCGCAUUGUCGAAUUGGCCCGUGUGGGCAUACGGCCGUGUGACAUUAGCCGGCAGCUGCGUGUCUCGCACGGCUGCGUGUCCAAAAUACUAGCCCGGUAUCAUGAAACAGGCAGUGUAAUGCCCGGCGCUAUAGGAGGUAGCAAACCUCGGGUGACCACGCCGAGAGUGGUGGCGUAUAUUGGUCGACUGAAGCGUAAGGACCCGGGGGUGUUCGCUUGGGAAAUCCGUGACCGACUACUAGCCGACGGGGUGUGCGACAAGUUCAACGUGCCUAGCGUGUCCAGCAUCAGCAGGAUCUUGCGGAACAAGAUCGGAACUACCGGUGGUGGGGGCCCUACACAAACAACGACACCGCAGCAGAACACAGUCGCUGCCGCGGCCGCCGCCGCUGCUGCUGUCGCCGCUGGUGGUGGUGGUGGUGGUGGUCUGUCACCAACGACCGCAGCACAUCAUAUGUACAGCCCAUACCACCAUCAUCAUCAUCAUCACUCAUCCUCGUCGCCACCGUCUGUCACGGCAGGCUAUCAACUACACCAACAUGGCCAAUAUCAUCACCAGCACUCUCAACAUCACCAACUGUACCAUAAUCAUCAUUACCAACAGCACCAACACCAUCACCUCUGUUCAUCGCCACCGUCUGGCUUAACUACCGUAGCCGGUAGCCCCGUGUGUUGUUCAUCACCACCGACUGCCAUGUCGAGAGUCGGUUCCGUUCCCCAUUCGUCCACGCCACCACCACCGCCCCUGACGGUACCAUCGCUCCAGCCGCCACCACCACCACAACACUGUUGGCCUAGCCCACACGCUGUCACGGACAUAUUGGCGGCGGCCGCCGCAGCUCAGCAACAGCACCAACACCACCAUCAACACUUACACCCAUCGCACUCACACCACUUACACCCAUCCCAACACCCGGCCAACAGUCAUUACGGCGUGGGUAGCGUCACUGGUGGAAGCAUCGGUGGUGGUGGUGGAGGAGGUGGUGUUAGCGGCGGCAGUGGUGGCAGCGGUGACACUUCGGCGGCCACUGCGGCUGCCGCUGCCGCCGCUGCUGCGGCCGCGGCAGCCGCAGCGGCCAACUACGACACUUCAUCCGGUGGUAGCGCUGCGGCUGCAGCUGCAGCCGCGGCAUACAAUACUUACUGCAGCAGUUAUUACCAUCACGCCAUGGUUUACGCGGCCACUGCAGCAGGCAGUAUAGCGGCAGCGGGUCGUCAUCAACCACAUCAUCUGAACCCAUCGCCACCAUGCACGGCCGCUGCCGUGUGGCCAGGCGUACCUCCGCCAUUGCCACAGCCACCCCCACCACCCCCACCGUCACCGACGGUGUCACUUCCAGCCGCGGCCGCAGCCACCACGUAACGAAUCGCGUAGGUCGGUUUUCACGUGAAAAUAUUAACAUUGUUAUCGGCGAUGGAAGAAUUGGAGCUCGAAACGCGAUGACGUAAUAAUGUUGAAAUGAAAAUGCACUCUUCCGAUUCAUAUGGAUGAGCUCGUAAUGAUUCGUAAACAGUAUACUUAAAUCGAGAACUCAAGCAUCUGAACGCAAACUAAUCGUUCGUGAACCAAGUGUUCAAUCACUUACGAUAAACCUGAAAUCGCGUUCUAGUGACUUUUUUAGUGACCUGGAAAUGCAUUCGAUGACCAAAUACUGCAGUCCGUUUCCCCGCUACGGAAAGAUAACGAGAUCCCGUUGUGCUACGUGGCAGUAUAAAUAAGUAAUCAUCUCGUAUUUUAUCGGUCAGCGGCGGAUGAUCAAAUGGUUUUGCCCGUGAUCCAGUACCACAUUUUUAUCUGAUCUUUAUCUCGCCAACCGAGUAUAAUGUGCACGAAGACAGUGAAUAUACGACGUAAAAUAAGCUGUACUAACUGUUUUAAUAUUCCCAAUAUUUUCUUUUACUUUUUUUUUUUUUAAUAUAAUUAUUUAUCUCUAAACUAUAU